UUAGACAGCGCUAUUUUGGGGCUCUUGUUACAUUGGUCGUCAGAUUCAUAGCGCUGCUGGGCUGGGUCACGCUGCUAGGACUCACCACUCACUUGAUCGACACAAAUAAACACCAAGAAAGAGCCUUGAAACCGGGUUAAUUAAAAAAGUUUCAUAGUUCGUCUCGUCAUUAGCGUUUCUGCUUUGACAUACCUUUGGAAGUUAUCGAGUGUAAAUUCUUUGGUGUUUUCGAGACACACGACGCUUUUGAAACUUUUGCGUGCGUAAAGACGUUGGAAGACGAAAUGGGGGAGAAUGAUGUUCAAAUGGAGAGUACAGAGCAAAUGCAGGAGCCUCACGCUUCAUGCUCGGACAAAAUCGACUUGUCAUUAGAUGACAUUAUAAAGCUGAAUAAGAAGGAACAGAAGGCAAACAGAGCUGCCAACAGAGCUAAAACUAAACGUGCUGUUAACAGGAACAACGUCUUGAAGAAACUCAACCAGGUUCCACAGCAACAGAGGGGACUCAGACGAGGAGCGCAGCAGUACCAAGGGCCUGGCAGGGUGAGAGGUUUAAGGAGACAAAGAGGAUCCGGGAGGGGCAUGAUGUCGAGAAGGGAUUCACUAAAUAGAGCUGCUGCCGCUGCCACGACUGGUGAACAGUUUGAUCAGACCACAUUCACAUCGAGGGGCACAUUCAGAGGACGGGGAAGAGGUAGAGGAAGAGGAGGCGGACUGAGCAGUAGGGGUGCAUUGUCAGCAAGAGGACAAAGGGGUGGAAGACCAUUUGUAUUAGACAGAGGGUUUUCCGCUACAAAAAGGGCUGAGAAACUACAAAAGUAUCAGACAAUAAGAAGUCGAAGAACAGCACCAUCUGGCUCCACGCUGACAGUUUCCCUGCCAAAUGCAAAAUCUGCACCUGUCGCUGUGAAGACAUCUAAUCAGACUAGGAGGGGUGGGGCAGUGUUAAGGGGCAGAUCAUCUAGAGGAGCCGGUACUUCGUCAUCUAUGGGGAUUCCUCUGCAAUUUAACUACAAAGCAACUACUAACCAGACUGCCGUAUACCUUAAUGACCGUUUCACUGACCUGAGGUUAAGAGGGCAAGGACGAGGCCGGGAAAGAGGUGAUGGAAGAGGAAGAGGAGCUGUUGGAGGAGGUGGAAGAGGUGGAGGAAGAGGAAACAUUGUUGGGGGUGGACGAGGUAGAGGACAAGGAAACAUAGGUGGGGGAAGAGGCAGAGGAAGAGGAAACUUUAUGGGUGGUGGAAGAGGCAGAGGAAGAGGAAACUUUAUGGGGGAUGGCAGAGGCAGAGGAAGAGGAAACUUUAUGGGUGGUGGAAGAGGCAGAGGAAGAGGAAACUUUAUGGGGGAUGGCAGAGGCAGAGGAAGAGGAAACUUUAUGGGUGGUGGAAGAGGCAGAGGAAGAGGAAACUUUAUGGGGGAUGGCAGAGGCAGAGGAAACAUUAUGGGGGGUGGCAGAGGCAGAGGAAGAGGAGGGGUUGGUGUGGCAAGAGGAGGAAGAGGCUUGAGAAGAGGAAGUGGAGGAUCAAGAGGAGCCGAUCGAACAGUAACUCUUCAGUGAUUACAAUUACAACCAAUUUUAUGAAGUAAUAGUGUUUUGGUAAAAAAAAAUUUUUGGU